AUAGACCAGAGUGAGAAAUGGGGCUUGAUUAAUCACAGGCCUUUAACGCUUCGUGUGCUCUUUUUGUUUUCCAGAAAUGCCUGGUAUGAAGACAGCAGGCUGCUCCUGAUCAUAGUCACCGUCUGUGUCGUUCUACCUCUGUCGAUAUUGCCAAAAAUUGGCUUCCUGGGAUACACCAGCAGCAUAGCUUUCUUCUUCAUGCUCUACUUUACAGUUGUGGUUAUUGUCAAGAAAUGGUCCAUCCCCUGCCCUCUGCCUCACAAUGUGACCACACUUUCAGGAGCCUUCCAGGUGUCAAAUACCACAGACUCAGAGUGCACGCCCAAACUCUUUGUCAUCUCCAGCGAGAGCGCCUACGCCAUCCCCACCAUGGCCUUCUCCUUCCUGUGCCACACGGCCAUCCUGCCAAUCUACUGCGAACUGGACCGACCUACUAAAGCCAGAAUGCAGAAUGUUACAAAUGUCAGCAUCAGCCUCAGCUUCCUGGUUUACCUCAUCUCUGCACUGUUUGGCUACCUCACCUUCUAUGCUCAGGUGAACUCUGAGCUGCUGCUCGGCUACGACAUGUACUUGCCGCACGACAUCAUGGUGAUGAUGGUUCGAAUGGCCAUCCUCCUCUCUGUGUUGCUGACUGUACCACUCAUUCAUUUCCCC